GGCGGCUCACUCGCCUCGCUGAGCGGGGGGAAGAGGCCGCGGCUCAGGAGCAAUGGCACGGGGAAGCUUGUCUCUCCUCCUGCUCCUCGGCGCGCUGGCCAGCCGGUGCAGCAGCCAAGCUCAGCCGCAGCAAAGAGGAUUAUUUCCAGCAGUGCUGAACCUGGCUGUCAAUGCUAUCAUCACAACCAAUGCUACCUGUGGAGAAAAAGGCUCUGAAAUGUAUUGCAAACUAGUUGAACAUGUACCUGGGCAACCGGCAAGAAACCCCCCCCAGUGUCGUAUUUGUGACCAGAACAGUAGGGUUCCACAUCAACGACACCCAAUAACUAAUGCAAUUGAUGGGAAGAACACUUGGUGGCAGAGUCCCAGUAUCCAAAAUGGAAUAGAAUAUCAUCAUGUUACCAUUACAUUGGACCUUCGACAGGUAUUCCAGAUUGCAUAUGUUAUUGUGAAAGCAGCUAAUGCGCCUCGACCUGGGAACUGGAUUUUGGAGCGUUCACUGGAUGGUGUUUACUAUCAGCCAUGGCAGUAUUAUGCCAUAACAGACACAGAAUGCCUGACACGUUACAACAUUCAUCCCCGCAGAGGGCCUCCAUCCUAUGCAAAAGAUGAUGAAGUUAUAUGCACUUCGUUUUACUCCAAGAUCCACCCACUGGAGAAUGGAGAGAUUCACACAUCACUGAUCAAUGGACGACCUAGUGCUGAUGAUCCUUCCCAAGUAUUGCUGGAAUUCACCUCAGCUCGCUUUAUUCGACUGAGAUUUCAGAGGAUACGGACACUGAAUGCUGAUUUAAUGAUGUUUGCACACAAAGAUCCCAAUGAAAUUGACCACAUAGUUACAAGGAGGUAUUAUUAUUCUGUAAAAGAUAUAUCUGUUGGAGGCAUGUGUAUCUGUUCUGGCCAUGCAAGGGCUUGUCCUUUGGAUCCAGCAACUAACAGAUCUACUUGUGAAUGUGAGCACAACACAUGUGGAGACAGUUGUGAUCAUUGCUGUCCCGGUUUUCAUCAAAAGCCUUGGCAAGCUGGGACAUUCCUGGUCAAGUCUGAGUGUGAAGAAUGCAAUUGUCAUGGGAAGACUAAGGAAUGUUACUAUGAUCAGAAUAUUGCAGACAGAAAUCGGAGUUUGAAUAUCCAUGGAGAAUACACUGGGGGUGGAGUGUGUAUUAAUUGUACACACAAUACUGCAGGCAUAAACUGUGAGACCUGCACUGAUGGCUACUUCAGGCCAAAAGGGGUAUUACCAGAUGACCCUAACCCAUGCCGGCCAUGUUUCUGUGAUCCAGUUGGGUCUUUACAUGCUACUUGUGUCAAGGAUGAGAAACAUGCGGAAGGAGGCAUGCUCCCUGGAUUCUGCCACUGCAAGACUGGCUAUGCAGGUGAAAGCUGCAGUCGAUGUGCGUUGGGUUACAAGGGUUAUCCUGACUGUAUGGCCUGUAGCUGCUCUGUGAAAGGCAGCUUGAAUGAUGACCCUUGCAUAGGAUCCUGCAUUUGCAAGGAAAAUGUUGAAGGAGAAAACUGUGAUCAUUGCAAACCAAGUUUCUUCAACCUGCAGCAAAAUAAUCCAAGAGGCUGUGAGGAGUGUUUUUGUUCAGGGAAAACAGACGUCUGUAUAGACUCUCACUGGACCUACAGCAGUGUAGGAGACAUGAGUGGCUGGUAUCUGACUGAUGUACCUGGUCUCCUUCAAGUUACACCUCAGCAGGACAGUUUUGGUGGACCUCAGCGGCUUAGCAUCAGUAAUGUGGCUGCCAGAAGAGCGCUGCCGCUGAUUUAUUACUGGAGUGCACCCAGUCCUUAUUUGGGCAACAAAAUAACAGCUGCUGGAGGGCAUCUGAAAUUUACCAUCUCCUAUGACCUCACAGGGCAGGAAGAAGCUGUUCAAACAAUACUGCAAUCUGAUAUCAUCAUAGAGGGAGCUGGCUUAAGAAUCAGCACUUCAAAGGAGGGCAUUCACCUGCAGCCAUUUGAAGAACACACUGAAGAAGUUGUGCUGGAACCGGACUUAUUUACCGUACACGGCACUGACUCUCCAGUCAACAAAAGGGAAUUCAUGACUGUGCUGGCAAAUAUAAAGAGGCUCCUCAUAAGAGCCACAUACAGCUAUGGGAUGGAUGCCAUCUACAGGUUGAGUGGGGUUAGCCUUGAAGCUGCUGAUCGCUAUUCAACUGGUAAGAAGGUGGCGUCUUCUGUGGAGGUUUGUCAGUGUCCUCCAGGGUAUGGUGGUACCUCCUGCGAAUCUUGUUGGCCUAGACACAGACGAGUGAACGGCACUAUUUUCGGUGGGAUCUGUGAACCAUGCACAUGCUUUGGUCAUGCGGAGUUCUGCGAUGACAUCACAGGAGAAUGCAUGGACUGCAAGUACAAUACAGGUGGCCCAUACUGUGAUAGAUGUCUUCCUGGUUUCUAUGGCGAUCCUACUAAAGGGACAAGUGAAGACUGCCAGUUGUGUGCCUGCCCAUUAACUAUACCUUCUAACAACUUUAGCCCAACAUGUCAUUUAGACCGAAGUCAUGGAUUAAUAUGCGAUGACUGCCCUCCUGGGUAUGCAGGACCACGCUGUGAGAGGUGUGCAGAUGGCUAUUUUGGACAACCUUUAAUACCAGGAGGAUCAUGCCGGCCCUGCCAGUGUAAUGACAACCUUGACUUCUCCGUUCCUGGCAGCUGUGACAGCUUAUCUGGAGCUUGCCUGAUAUGUAAGACUGGUAUAACAGGUCAAUACUGUGAAAGGUGCGCUGAUGGAUAUUUUGGAGAUGCUCUUGAUCCAAAGAAUUGUCAAUCAUGUCACUGCAACAUCAAUGGCUCAUUCUCAGAGAUCUGCAACUCUCAGACAGGGCAGUGUGAGUGCAAGCCCAAUGUUGUGGGACGUCGCUGUGAUGAGUGUAAGCCUGGAACAUUUGGUCUACAGUCGUUUAGAGGAUGUGUUCCCUGUAACUGCAAUUCUUUUGGUUCCAAGUCCUUCGACUGUGAUGAGAAUGGACAAUGCCAUUGCCAGCCUGGCGUAGCAGGAAAGAAAUGUGAUCGCUGUGCUCGUGGGUUUUAUAACUUUGAAGAAGGAGGAUGCACUCCUUGUGAGUGUUCCCAUCUUGGUAAUAAUUGUGAUCCAGUCACCGGCCGUUGUGUGUGCCCUCCCAAUACAAUAGGAGAGAAGUGUGAUAAAUGUGCACCAAAUUACUGGGGUCAUGACAUUGUCAGCGGGUGCAAGGCCUGUGAUUGCAGUGUGGUUGGAUCCCUCAGUUUCCAGUGUAACUCAGAUACAGGCUGCUGCUCCUGCCACCCUAAAUUCGCUGGGGACAAAUGCACUCAGUGCAGACCGGGAUAUUGGAAAUACCCACAGUGCAUUCCCUGUGACUGCUUACUGGCAGGGACUGAUCCUCAGACUUGUGAUGCAGAGACGGAAAAAUGUUCAUGCGUUGAUGGUACAGGGCAAUGUAGCUGCAAGGUUAACGUGGAAGGUGUCCACUGUGACAGGUGCAGGUCUGAAAUGUUUGGACUCUAUGCCAAAAACCCACUUGGCUGCAACAGCUGCUAUUGCUUUGGUCUGACUACUCAGUGCAGUGAGGCAAAGGGACUGAUCCGCAUGUGGCUGACGUUGAAGCCGGAACAGAUGGUUCUUCCACUGGUAGAUGAAAACCUUCAGGACAAUACUACCAGAGGGGUUGUAUUCCAGCAUCCAGAGAUAGUAGCUAACAUUGAACUGGUGAUGCAAGAUCUCCAAUCAGAACCUAUUUACUGGAAACUUCCAGAGCAAUUUGAAGGACGAAAGCUGACUGCUUAUGGAGGGAAACUGAAAUAUGCUAUCUACUUUGAAGCACGCGAGGAGACGGGUUUUGCUACCUAUAAUCCUCAAGUCAUCAUCAGAGGUGGGCCUCCCACACGUACUAGAACUAUCAUCCGGCAUAUGGCUGCCCCUUUGAUUGGCCAGCUGACGAGGCAUGAGAUAGAGAUGACUGAGCAUGAAUGGAGAUAUCAUGGUGAUGACGCAAGAGUCAGUAGUACUGUGACACGUGAGGACUUCAUGGAUGUGCUUUACAACAUUCAUUACAUUCUUAUUAAAGCUUCUCAUGGCAGCAUCAUGAGACAAAGCAGAAUUUCUGAGAUCUCGAUGGAAGUUGCUGAAGAAGGCAAUGUGUCUGGAAUGAGUCCUCGUGCUCACUUGAUUGAGAAAUGUGACUGCCCGCUGGGUUAUUCUGGCUUGUCAUGUGAGGCAUGUUCUCCAGGAUUUUAUAGACUGCCUUCUAGAUCAUCUGGCAGGAGACCUGGCCCAACCCUAGGCACCUGUGCCGCAUGUCAAUGCCAUGGACAUAGUAAUAUGUGUGACCCUGAAACAUCUAUAUGUCAGAACUGCAGGCACAACACCGCUGGCGAUCAUUGUGAGAGGUGCGCAGUCGGAUUCUAUGGGAACGUCCCAGGAUCUCCAGAGGACUGCCAUCCUUGUGCUUGUCCUCUAACCAUUCCCAGCAACAACUUUAGUCCUUCUUGUGUUGCGGAAGGUCUCAGUGAUUACCGGUGUACCGCUUGCCCACCUGGAUAUGAAGGCCAGUACUGUGAAAGAUGUUCCCCUGGCUACACCGGUGACCCAAGAACUCCAGGAAGGUCCUGCCAAGAAUGUGAGUGUGAUCCAUACGGUUCACUGCCUAUCCCCUGUGACCCUGUCACCGGACAGUGCACUUGCAAACCUGGAUCCACAGGGUGGACUUGUGCAGGCUGCAAGCACCAGCAUGUGCGUGAUGGCAUGGAGUGCAUUUUUUGUGAUGAUGAGUGCAUAGGACUCCUUCUAAGUGACUUGGAUCGACUAAACCAGAUGACUUUGAGUGUCAACCUCAGUGGCCCGUUGCCUCCUCCAUAUAGAAUGCUGUAUGGUUUUGAGAACACGACAGAGGAAUUAAAGCAUUUGCUAUCACCUCAGCGAGCACCAGAGAGACUCCUUCAGUUGGCACAAAAAAACCUGGAUACCCUCGUGACAGAGAUGGACGAGUUACUGACAAGGGCUACCAAGGUGACGGCAGAUGGAGAACAAACCGGGCAGGCUGCUGAGAGGAGUAAUGACAGAGCCCAGUCUCUUGGACAGUUCAUCAAGGACACGCUCCAGGCUGCAGAAGCUGUAAAUGAAAAUGCUGUAAAACUGAAUGAGACGCUCCGAAUCCAAGACAAGACCCUGGAGAAAAGCCUUCAGGCUCUGCAGAGUGAUAUUGAUAGAAUGAUGAGAGAACUGAGAAGAAGAAAGUUGAAUGUGCAAGAAAGGGCAGCCCAAGAUGAGUUAGAAAAUGCAGAAGCCCUUUUGAACAAAGUGAAGAAAUUAUUUGGAGAGCCCACAGAGAAAAAUGAGGAGCUCAAGAAUGAGGUCAGGGACAAGAUGGCAGAUUACAAAAACAAGGUUGACGAUGCUCGAGACCUGCUGAGAGAAGCCAGUAGUAAAAUUAGGGAGGCCAAUCGCUUAUCUGCAAUCAACCAAAGAAACAUGACAGUGAUAGAGAAAAGGAAGCAAGCUGUAGAAAGUAGAAGACAAGAGGCCGAAAAAACACUAAAAGAAGGGAAUGACAUCUUGGAUGAAGCCAGCCGUCUUGCAAAUGAAAUCAAUUUAGCUGUGGAGUAUGUGGAAGACAUGGGGGAUAAGAUACAACCGAUCACUGAUCAGCUGAAGGAUAAAAUAGACGAUCUAUCCCAAGAUAUUCAGGACAGGAUGCUUCCAGAAAAGGUGUUGCAGGCUGAGAACCAUGCAGCCCAGCUGAAUGAAUCAUCUGCAAUACUGGAUGGAAUCCUUGCUGAAGCUAAAAACCUCUCAUUCAAUGCCACUGUAGCUUUCAAGGCAUAUAGCAAUAUCAAGGACUAUAUUGAUGAAGCAGAGAGACUCUCCAGGGAGGCCAAGGCCCGUGCAAAUGAAGCUAUGCAACUGGCAUCUGGUCCUCAAGGAUCAUUGAAGGAUAGUGCCAAGAACUCGCUUCAGAAAAGCUUCAGGGUUCUUAAUGAGGCCAAGAAGUUAGAAAGUGAUGUUAAAGAAAAUGGGGAUAUCUUGAAUAGUAUGCAGAACAGGUUGAAAAAUGCUGAUGAAAAGAAUUCUGAUCUCCUGAGAGCUUUGAAUGACACCUUUGGAAAGCUGGCAGCCAUUCCUAAAGAUACAGCUGUGAAGGUGCAAGCAGCUAAAGAUAAAGCUGGACAAGCUAACACCACUGCAAAUGAUGUACUGGCUAGGAUUAAAGACCUCAACCAGAACCUCCUUGGUUUAAAGAACAACUACAGCAAAUUUGCAGAUGAUGUGGCCAAAACAAAUGCAGUUGUGAAAGAUUCCACCAAGAACAUUGCUGACGCAGAUGCCACUGUUAAAACCCUAGAAAAGGAAGCAGAUCGGCUACUGGAUAAACUCAAACCAGUCAAAGAACUUCAGGAUAAUUUGGGGAAAAACAUCUCUCAGAUAAAAGAACUGAUAAACCAAGCCCGGAAACAGGCCAAUUCUAUCAAAGUCUCUGUGGCUUCUGGAGGUGACUGCAUUCGCACAUACAGACCGGAAAUAAAGAAAGGAAGCUACAACACUGUCAUUGUCAAUGUGAAGACUGCAGUAGCUGACAACCUUCUUUUUUAUCUUGGAAGUGCCAAAUUUACUGACUUCUUGGCCAUAGAGAUGCGUAAAGGCAAGGUGAACUUCUUGUGGGAUGUGGGAUCUGGCGUUGGACGGGUUGAGUAUCCAGAUCUGACCAUUGAUGAUGCAUUUUGGUACCGUAUUGAAGCCUCUAGGACUGGAAGAAAUGGCACAAUUUCAGUACAAGCUCUGGAUGGUCCCAAAGCAACCAUCAUGCCAAGUACCUUCAGCGCAGUCUCUCCACCUGGUUAUACAAUUCUGGAUGUAGAUGCAAAUGCCGUGCUGUUUGUUGGUGGUCUAACUGAUAAAAUUAAGAAAUCAGAUGCUGUAAGAGUCACUACCUUCACUGGCUGCAUGGGUGAAACAUACUUGGACAGCAAGCCCAUAGGACUGUGGAAUUUCAGGGACACAAAGGGUGACUGCAAAGGAUGUGCUAUCAGCCCACAGGUGCCAGACAGUGAAGGAACUAUUCAGUUUGAUGGAGAUGGUUAUGCUUUGGUGAGCCGCCCAGUCCGCUGGAACCCCAAUGUUUCUAUGGUCAUGUUCAAGUUCAAGACCUUCUCUUCUAGUGCUCUGCUGAUGUACCUUGCAACACAUGACUUGAAAGAUUUCAUGAGCGUAGAGCUCAGUGAUGGGCAUAUAAAAGUCAGCUACGAUCUAGGUUCAGGUACAACUUCUGCUGUUGGCAACCAAAACCAUAACGAUGGGAAAUGGAAAUCGUUCACCCUCUCAAGAAUCCAAAAACAAGCCAAUGUGUCAAUUGUAGACAUAGACACUAAUCAGGAAGAGAUCAUCGCAACAUCUUCUACAGGAAGCCAUUUUGGUCUCAACUUGAAAGCUGAUGAGAAAAUAUAUUUUGGUGGAUUGCCAACUCUCAGAAACCUGAGGCCUGAAGUGAACUUAAAGAAAUAUGCAGGCUGCCUCAAAGAUAUUGAAAUUUCACGAACACCAUAUAAUAUACUGAGCAGCCCUGAUUUUGUUGGCGUAACCAAAGGAUGCACACUGGAGAACCUUUACACAGUUAGCUUCCCCAAACCAGGUUUUGUGGAACUGCAGCCAGUCUCAUUUGGCAUGGGUACAGAAAUCAACCUGUCCUUCAGCACCAAGAAUGAGUCAGGGGUCAUCUUAUUUGGCACAGGUGGGACACCUGUACCCCCGAGGAGAAAACGCAGACAGACCGGGCAGGCCUAUUAUGCAGUGUUCCUGAACAAAGGUCGAUUAGAAGUGCAUAUCGCCCCUGGAAUACGAGAUCCACGCAGGAUCAUCAUCAAGCCUGAAUCCGGCGAUUUUCAUGAUGGUAGAGCACACUCCAUCCGGAUAGAAAGAAUCAAAGGGAUGUUUACUGUUCAAGUCGAUGAAGACAGAAGCCAGACUCAGAGGCUACCUACUGAUCAGUCUAUAACUGUUAAAAAGCUCUUUGUGGGAGGGACUCCGCCUCACUUUCAGGCUGCACCUGUCAGGAACAUACCCCCUUUUGAGGGUUGCAUAUGGAACCUUGUCAUCAAUGCCAUCCCCAUGGACUUCGCUCAGCCUGUGUCCUUCAAAAAUGCAGAUAUAGGCCAGUGUCCCACUCUAGAACCCGAGGCCAGACUUCCUGAAGAUGAAGAUGAAGCUACCCCUGCUUCUGUCUUGAUCCAGCUUGAACCUGAUACUAAAGAGGAGAAAGAGAGCACAACUACCACCCCCAAGUUUUCUUCCUCUCCUCCUCCACCACCUUCACCUCCUGCACGUGACUCUUGUGCUGCUGAUAUAGAGCCAGCUAUUUUGGAGGGUGGCAAACAAUUUGGUCUUUCAAGGAACAGCCAUAUUGCAGCUGCAUUUGAUGAUACCAAAGUGAAGAACAGGCUCACAAUUGAAUUUGAAGUCCGAACAGAGGCUGAAUCUGGCUUGCUUUUUUAUAUGGCCCGGAUCAACCAUGCUGAUUUUGCCACUGUUCAGAUAAAGAAUGGACUGCCUUACUUCAGCUAUGACCUGGGAAGUGGGGACACCAAAACAAUGAUUCCAAACAAAAUCAAUGAUGGCCAGUGGCACAAGGUAAAAAUAUUUCGAACCAAGCAAGAAGGAAUCCUUUUAGUAGAUGGUGUUGCAAACAGGACCACCAGCCCCAAGAAGGCCGAUAUUUUGGAUGUUGUGGGGAUGCUGUAUGUCGGAGGAUUGCCCAUUAACUAUACAACUCGAAGAAUCGGUCCAGUUACUUACAGCAUUGAUGGUUGCAUCAGAAAUUUUAAGAUGACAGAGACUUCUGUUGACCUGGAUAAUCCAACCUCCAGCUUCAAUGUUGGCAAAUGCUUUACCAAUGCAGAGAAAGGAACAUUCUUUGAUGGAACAGGCUUUGCCAAAACAGUUGGAACAUAUAAAGUGGGAACAGACCUACUAGUGGAGUUUGAAUUCCGUACUACUCGAAUGGAUGGUGUUCUGCUGGGAAUCAGCAGCCAAAAAAUGGAUGGACUCGGCAUCGAGCUGGUAGAUGAAAAACUGAUGUUCCAUGUGGAUAAUGGUGCAGGCAGAUUCUCUGCCAUCUACGAGCCUGACAAACCAGGCAGCUUGUGUGAUGGACAGUGGCACAAGGUUACUGCAAACAAGAUCAAGCACCGCUUAGAAUUGACUGUGGAUGGGAAUCAGGUGCAUGGGAGCAGCCCAAAUGGAGUCUCCAGUUCUGCGGACACUAAUGAUCCUGUCUUUGUUGGAGGAUAUCCUGAUGGUCUGAACCAGUUUGGCCUGACCACAAAUAUCCGUUUUAAAGGAUGCAUUCGCUUGCUGAAGCUCACCAAAGGCACUGCUAAAUCUCAGGAGAUUAGCUUCAGCAAAGCCUUGGAGCUGAAGGGAGUUCAGCCUCUAUCAUGCCCUGCAAACUAACAUUUUGGAAACUAGCACUGUCAUUCAACUUUGACAUGCCUCUGAUUGUUUUAAGUGCCUCCAUUUUUAAAAAAAAAAUACAUUACUUACAGUACAUUUAUAAUAAAAUGUCUUUGUGCAAGUA